CGGGGGGCUGGGUGGCUCCCGACUGGGCUGCAGGUGGGGAGCCGGUGGUGCGGCUGAGUGCGGUGGAGAAGGCGGUGGCCAUCCUGAAGGCCUUCAAGCCGGCGUAUUGGCAGGCGCUGCUGGUGGUGGCGGUGCUGUACUUUGCCCGCUUCGACGCCUCCUUCCUCAGCCUGCGGGCUAAGGCGGUGAUGCCCAAGACGCUGCUCCCCAUGCUCACCCUCAUCAACACACUCAUCCAGAUGCUGCUGACCGCCCCCCUGGCCCGCCUGUCGGGUGCCUCCGUGACCAACCGCAACCGGCUGCUGCUGGUGGGCUUUGCGUUCAUGGUGGUGGCCAACGCGUGCUUCGGACUGCCGGCAACGGCUAGCCCGGCGGGCAUGUUCGCGGGUGCUGCCUGCAUCGGCCUUCAUAUGGCGCUCACGCACGCAAUCACCAUCUCCAUGAUCUCCUCCUACAUGCCCACCGGCGUCAUCCCCGGGGUGGGCAAGCUGAGCGGCACCGCGGUGUCGUUCACGGACCUGCUGCUAGGCUUCGUGCUGGCAGCCAGUAACGCGCUGGCAGGGGUGCUAGCGGACAAGUCGCGAGCCGCGGGGCUGGGCAAUGUGGGCUGCUUCGCGGGCGGCGCCGCAGCCUGCUUGCUGUCUGGUGCGCUGCUGCUGGUGUUCAGUCGGUGGGGCGACCUGGCGCGACCCGAGCUGAUAGUGCAGCGGGGAGGCCGGAGGGGAGGCAGCAAGGCGGCGUGAGAGGGG